AUGUCGCUCACAGCCCUUGCAGAAGAGAUAACCAAGCACGCAAAGAUCCUGGACUCUUACAUAACAACCCACAACCUUCCCCAACCAUCCUUUGAGGCUGAUGGACCGCUGGAUUUUCCUAUAUCGUCCAUCACAGGAGAUGAUGAAGAAAGUGUACAGCUGCAGCUUUCCCGUACAAUCCUUCUCAAUGCUUGCCAAGCGCUCUAUAAUCUUACUAUCGGUCCCGCAGCCUCUGUUGUCUCGUCCGCCCAAAACCACCCCUAUGAACUGUUCAUGCUCAGCACGCUCCAUCACUUCGCCAUCCCACAGGCCGUACCGCUGGAGGGAGGCGCAACCAUGGCAGAGAUCGCUGCGAAGACCGGGUUAGAGGAGGAUAUGGUCUCAAGAAUAAUCAAGUAUGCCUGCUCAUAUCGCAUCUUUCGUGAGAUAGCGGCCCCGGACGGUAAUCUGGUCCUGCAUACGGCAGCGUCUCGCGCAUUUGUUCUACAUGAUGGACUGCGUAACAGCCUUGACAUCUGUCUGGAUGAAAGAUUUCGGGACAUGGCAUCCAUGCUACUUAUUAAUCGGUCACCGAGAGAGCAGACGGAGAAGCAAUCGGAAGAGAAGCUGGGAGUUGACGACGGCGAUAGCAGGGGCUCCAACAGUGGAUUGGCAGCGUUCAACAGAGCGUUCCAGACUGAUGAAAAGUAUCAUGCUUAUAUGCGUAACCCGGAGCAUAGGAGUGUACUACUCGCAAUGAAUGGUUUUCUAGAUUAUGUGAUGGGAGCUACAAACAUGGGAGGUCGCAACCACGAUAUGGAUAUGCUUGCGAACGGCGCCAUUGAUUGGGAUUCACUGGGGGAGGCACUGGUUGUCGAUGUUGGGGGAGGCCAUGGAAACGUUAGUGUUUCCAUCGCUGAGAAGCACCCAAAGCUGCGAUUUAUAGUCCAAGAUUUGCCUACUGUAGUCUCGAAUGGCAAAAAAAAGAUAUACUCCACAGCUCAGAGAGAUCCCCGCGUGGCAUCCCGCAUCUCAUUUAUGGCGCAGGAUAUGUUUAAGCCGCAACCACCGCAGAUAAACGCGGAUAUAUUCAUGUUCCGGUUCGUGAUUAAUGACUGGCCAGAUGAAUCUGCCGUAAAGAUCCUUCAGAACUUGCUUCCGGCGAUGAGAAACAAAACUGGUUGUCGGGUUAUGGUAAUGGAUUGUCUCCUUCCGGAGGCAGGUGCAGAGUUAUCUAUAGUUGAGCGACUGGAGAGAACAAUGGAUUUUUCUGCAUUGGCAAUCCAUAAAGGAAAAGAACGCAGUGUCCAGGAUUGGCGUCAACUAAUCGGAAAAGUGGAUAGCAAGCUAGAAAUUGUACAAGUCUAUACAAAAGCACAUAAUGCUUUUGGCAUUAUUGAGCUUGCCCUCAAGGGGGGAGCUUCCAAAAUCAGCAAGACAGAUACCGAUGAAACAUAUACGAUUUUUGAGAAAUCUCUGAUUGUUCAUUGGCCAUACUGGCGGUGGGGGCCGCAUCUGUGGGCUCCUAUUGCACAGAUUCCGGAGACGAAUGACGUCCAAUUUGAACCCUUACAGACCGAUAAAAAUCGCCCUCCCCAGCUACGAAUUCCAUCCAGUAUCGACGUUACGGAUCCAUAUCAAAUAUCUAGCCUAAUCUUUACCGAAUCUUUAUGGAGAGUUCUCGCCGAUAAUACGAAUUUAUAUGCGUACACGAAAGAAUCAAAAAAUCACAAUCUACAUCAUCGAUCUUGGCAUCCAACUACACCAGAAGAACUCAAGUUUCAUAUAUCUGCACCCCCUGAGGUGCCCGGAGGCUUCAUAUCAACAUUUUACCCCCCAGAGCCUACCCCAGAGCAAGAAUUACGAAUGAGCGAAGAGCAAUUGAGCAGGAUUUGGUGGCAUAAAGUUCAUAUCGUACUUGAUAUGCUGCGGAGAGCCUCAAAAAAUCUAGAUAUCCCUUCGGCAAAUAUCUCUAUUGACGAGGCAAUAGUUCGAAGCCACGGAAGAUCUUCUCAUACCUUUAAAUUACCUAAUAAAUCGAUCAGCCAAGGCUUCAAGAUAUUCGUUCUUGCGGAUCACGGUUACGUUUACUAUUUUUACCCGGCGAGCCGUACGCAGGGGGUCAUUGAGGUGGGAAAGGUGACCUCGCUUACCAAAACGGGCCAAAUGGUAUAUGAGCUUAUUCAAACUCUUCCGAGAGAUAGCUACAAUUACAACGUGUACCUCGACAACUAUUUUACUAGCAUUGAUCUAUUCAAAAUGCUUCGAGAUAUACAAGUUGGAGCUUGUGGCACCACUCGAGCUAUUUCCGCCGGCAAAGAUUUCCCCGAUUUGCUCAAAAAACUGAAGGAUUUGAGCAACUACAUCCCAUAUCACAAACUUUAUGCGAUCCCCGUACGAGACGUCCUCUGUGUUGCAUGGCAAGACAAUAAUAUUGUCCUUGCUCUUAGUACAAUUCAUACUGUUAACAAGACAGAAGAUUAUGUUGAGCGUGAGCGCCGAAGGCCCCAAAAGACUUCAACAAAUGGCCCCUUAGUACAUCGCGAAUUUGGGGUCCAGGCAGUCAAAAAUAUGCUAAUCCCACGGCUUAUUGACGACUAUAAUUAUUAUAUGGGAGGGGUGGAUAUAGCCAAUCAGCACCGAGCUGCGUAUGAGACUCAUACAAAGACCUUUCGCUCAUGGUGGCCUUUAUGGAAUUGGUGUUUGGACGUUGACAUUAUCAACGCCUCGAAACUGCACUCUCUACGUUGUAAAGAGCUGGGAAUAGCUUCACUUUCUCACGUCCAGUUCCGGAGACGGCUUUCUAAGCAGCUCUUAUCCUUCAGGCCUCUGAGUACGGUGUAUCAAAUGAAGCCAAUGAAGCGCAAGACGGAGGAUCUACAACUGCCGGAACACAUAUUGCUGUAUGGAGUUAUCUAA